CUAACAUCAACUUUGUGGCUCUCAAGAUUCUCCUUUAAAAAACACCAUGUCUUCAUAUUCUGUCAGGCAGACAACAUCCUCCAGCUCCAUAAAGGGCCUUGGAGGCUUAGGAGGUGGCUCCAGCAGAGUAUCUGGUGUUUUCAGGGCACCAAGCAUCCAUGGUGGCAGUGGUGGCCAAAAUGUCUCCUUCUCCACCGCAAGAAUGGUUUCUGGCAUAGGUGGAGGAUAUGGAAGCUGUGGUGUUGAUGCUGGUCUAGGAGGCGGCUACAUUUCUAACUAUGGUGGGGGCUAUGGUUCUGGCUAUGCAUUUGGAGGAGGUAUGGCUGGAGGAGAAGGCCUUAUUUCAGGAAGUGAAAAGUAUACCAUGCAGAACCUAAAUGAUCGUUUGGCUGCAUAUCUUGAAAAGGUGCGCUCCCUGGAGAAAGCAAAUGGAGAACUGGAAAUCAAGAUAAGAGAUUGGUAUCAGAAGCAAGCACCCGGUCCAGCCACCGACUAUAGUCAUUACUACAAGAUGAUUGAGGAUCUCCGCAACAAGAUUCUUGGUGCAACGAUGGACAACGCAAGUCUUCUUCUCCAGAUUGAUAAUGCUAAACUGGCUGCUGAUGACUUCAGAACCAAGUAUGAGACUGAACUUGCUCUUCGUAUGAAUGUUGAGGCUGACAUCAAUGGCCUACGCAGAGUCCUGGAUGAUUUGACCAUAGCCCGAUCUGACCUGGAGAUCCAGAUUGAAAGUCUUAAGGAGGAACUUGCAUAUCUGAAGAAAAACCAUGAGGAAGAAAUGAAUGCUCUACGUGGACAAGCUACUGGCCAGGUGAAUGUGGAGAUGGAUGCUGCACCUGCUGCCGACCUAACAAAGACUCUGUCUGAAAUGAGGAAUCAGUAUGAGAACCUAGCUGAGAAGAAUAGGCGAGAGGUAGAAGAAUGGUACUUUAAAAAGACUGAAGAGCUCAACAAAGAAGUUGCCAGCAGCAGUUCACUGAUCCAGACCAGCAAGACAGAAAUUACAGACCUGAAACGUACUUUGCAGAGCUUAGAGAUAGAGCUUCAAACACAACUAAAUAUGAAAUCGGCAUUGGAGGGCUCCUUAGCCGAAACAGAAGGUCGUUAUUGCGUCCAGCUUUCACAGAUCCAAGACCUGAUCAGUAAUGUUGAGGCACAGCUUGCUGACCUGCGAUCAGACAUGGAACACCAGAGUCACGAAUAUAAAAUUCUCAUGGACGUGAAGACUCGUCUAGAGCAGGAAAUUGCCACCUACAGACGUCUCCUGGAAGGAGAAGAUGCUCACUUAUCCCAGUCUCAAAAGGAUGGCUCACGAACCACAGUCCAAGUUCGCACCAUCAUAGAGGAGUCUGUUAAUGGCAAAGUUGUCUCUUCUCGGGAAGAUGUUAAAAAGUCACAAUACUAAACAUUGGCUGAAAACCCAGAAAAAAAACCAUAAUCUUUUUGUCUCUCUGACUCAUACAGAAGAAACUAAUACAGAUAAUUGUUCAAUAGAACAUGAAAAAAGUUUAUUUUCCACCUUUAUUUUCUGAGCUUGAAAAACUGUUUUUUUGCCACUUGUUGUCUCAUGCAGUGUCUUCCUUCUUAAUAAAGUUCUGAACUUUCUCGUGCA